CUUUCAAAAAAACAAAAACAAAUAAAAAAAGAACUUGAUUAAGAUAUGUAAACAUAUUUAACCGAAAUAUACGCAAAAUAUACUCUUAUAAAAAUAAAACUAAAAAGUCACGAAAAUUAGAAUUUAUUUAUUUAUAAUAUAUACUUGAAUAAUAAUCUUAAGCUGAUGAUAGAUUAAUUAGAUUUAUGAUUGCUGAUACCAUGAUACAUUGUUACCCAGCUACCUCCUAUAAUAAAAAGGAAAUCUAACAAUGAAAGAGUAUCAAUUCAAUUCACUCCCCUUUCUCUCUCCUCAAUUUCUCUUUCUCUCUCUUCAAUUUCACUUUCUCUCUCCUUUUCUGUUGGUUGUAAUGUGGGUGAGGUGAGGUGGUGACUACACUCUGCAACCUGGCAGCAAUGCACUCUUCCCCUUUUCUCCUCCUUCAAUAACACCACCACACACCACACACCACCUUCCUCCGUGGUACAUUCGUGUUUUUGUCGAUCGUAUCCAUAGAUCUGGUUGUUUUUAGAAUCGAGUUGAUUUGCAAAUCAGAAUCUCCGGGAUGAAAUUUGGUCACAAAGAUCCGGAGAAGCUGAUUUGGGAUCAAAUGAGAAGCCCGUCUUCUGUAAACGGCGUGGGUUCGAACCAGAAUAGAACCCUUUUUCCUAAGCUUAUGCUUUGGUUAAUUCUAUCUGUUUCCGUGACUUAUCUCGUUUAUACUCUUAAACUCGUCUCUAAUCCUCACCCUUGUGACCUCCCAAACCACCGCCACAACCACCAGCAUCUCUUCGACUCCUCCGAUAUCUCCCUCAUCAAUUCCUCGUCUUCUUCUUCCGUGUCCGACCACCGUCGAUUAUCCAAUUCGGUCCCUACUCAGGUUGAGAGAAUACCCGAUAACGGGCCGGGAACAACGAACAUCUCCCACAUAGUGUUCGGCAUUGGUGGGUCCGCGAGUCUGUGGGAGGGGAGGAAGCAAUACAUCAAGACAUGGUACAAUAAAUCCGAGAUGCGUGGCAUUGUUUGGCUAGACGGCGAGGUUGAACACAUCGAUGAUGACAAUGAAACACUCCCUGAGAUUAGAAUAUCAGAGGAUACUUCUAAGUUCAGGUACAAUAACAAGCAGGGCCAUCGCUCGGCGAUACGGAUCUCGAGGAUUGUGUCGGAGACAUUGAGGCUAGGGUUGAAGAAUGUGAGGUGGUUUGUAAUGGGAGACGAUGACACCGUGUUCGUAACGGAGAAUUUAGUGAGGGUGUUAAACAAGUAUGAUCAUAGAGAGUAUUACUAUAUUGGGAGUAAUUCUGAGAGUCAUUUGCAGAAUAUUUAUUUUUCAUAUGCAAUGGCUUAUGGUGGUGGUGGUUUUGCAAUUAGUUAUCCUUUAGCUGUUGCUUUGUCUAAGAUGCAAGAUAGGUGUAUUCAAAGGUAUCCUGCUCUUUAUGGGAGUGAUGAUCGAAUGCAAGCUUGCAUGGCUGAACUUGGUGUUCCACUCACUAAAGAACUCGGGUUUCAUCAGUAUGAUGUCUAUGGCAACCUAUUUGGACUGCUAGCUGCGCACCCGGUGACACCAUUUGUCUCUCUGCAUCACUUGGACGUGGUAGAACCCAUCUUCCCAAAUGUGACUCAAGUUCAAGCUAUACAAAGGCUUACAAUCCCGAUGAAAUUAGAUUCUGCUGGCCUAAUGCAGCAAUCUGUAUGCUACUUUAAGCCUAAGAAAUGGACCAUCUCAGUGUCAUGGGGUUUUGCUGUUCAGAUCAUUCGGGGUGUCUUGUCGCCCCGUGAGAUGGAGAUGCCAACAAGGACAUUCUUGAAUUGGUAUAGAAGGGCUGACUACACAGCUUAUGCAUUCAACACUCGUCCUGUGGCCCGAAAUCCAUGCCAGAAGCCCUAUGUUUAUUACUUGUCAAAAAUCAAAUUUGAUAAGGAGAAGAAUCAGACAGUGAGUGAGUACUUGCGGCAUCGUGUGCAACACCCACUGUGCCGAUGGAGGAUGGUUGAGCCUUCAACGAUUGAUAAAGUGAUAGUAUACAAGAAACCAGACCCGCAAUUGUGGUCUAGGUCUCCAAGAAGGAAUUGCUGCAGAGUAUUGAAGUCGAGGACGAACGGGACCAUGCUUAUAGAUGUCGGUGUAUGUAAGGGAGGUGAGGUUAUUGAAGUAUAAUACUUGAGAACAAAAGAGAAAAAAAAAUCAUUUGAAUCAUUUUGUUAGUCUUAAUUAGUUUAUGUCGGUUUUUUUUUUUUUUUUUUUUUUUUUUUUUUUUUUUUUUUUUUUUUAAAUUUUUCUGCUGUAUUCAAUUCUUCUGUAGUUUUAUCUUCUGUAGUUUUUGACCUUUUUCCAUUGCUUUUCUUAAUGGUCCCUAUCUAACCCCCUUCUUUUCUAACUUGUAUUUUAGGCAUAUAUGUUUGUAAUGGUAUAUCAUUUUCAUUUAUUUGA